UUGUUCCUCUUGAAGCCCCACCUAAUCAGAAUGCCACACAGUGGGAGAAGAUGCAGUAUCUGUUUGAGGAGCUGGGGAACAACCAUGGUGUACCAGCCCUGUCUUUCUCCAUCAGCUCUUUGACCUUGAUUGGCAUGCUGGCAGUGAUCACUUACACGGCAUAUGGCAUGUCAGUGCUGCCGUUGAACCUGAUUAAAGGGACACGUAGUGUGGUGUACGAGCGCCUGGAGAACACUGAAGAUAUUGAGGAGGUUGAACACCAGAUGGAAAAGAUCAAAGCCAAGUGUGUGGACGGGCGUCCUCUGUCGUCGCGGGACCGUCGUAACCUCCAGGAGUUUGAGGACAAGCUACAG